AUGGCAACGGUGUUCCCGCAUCCAGCAUCUGGCGAUCCUGUAAUGGGCUAUCAGCUGUCGGAAGUUCCAUCAUUACCACCACAACCUAUACCAUUUUUACCUACACCAUUAUCUGUAAUACCGCCACAUCAAGGAACUGUAUAUUUUCAACCGCCAUAUAUCUUUCCAAGUGGUUUACCACAAUCGAUAUUUUGCGAGCAACCAAGUGUUCCACCGUCGCUCGAAAAUACUACAAGGGAAAGUCCGACGAAUGAUAGUGCUGGCACGGCGCAAGGCAUGUUUUUUUUUCUAAACUCUAAAGGGGCACCGGAAUUGCCACUUAAUGCGGUUUUUUAUCCACCGCCACCAUUUCCUAUUCCUUUUCCGCCUCCGGUGCAUCCUUUUCCAGUUUUUAGCUCUUAUAUACGUCCUAACCCAGUUCUUUUUGUCCUAUCACCAUUCCCAGAAACUUCCGUACCUGGUAAUCCACUGCCACCAUUACCACCACCUCUGCCAUCAGUCUGUCCAAAACCAUCAGUUCUACAGCCAUUACCAUCUUCAUUUGCCUCUGCACCGUACCAGAGUUGGCCGACAAUUAAUCCAACGUCACAGAGUCCAACCGUAAGAAUGACACCGAGAAAGGAUAGCAUUUUAUCGACGGGCACUAACCAGUCGUCAUUCAAUCGUCAUUCUGGAAAUGAUGACUACAGAAAUUUCCAAAGAGACAGUGCUAAUCGAAGUGAAUUGAUAUGUCGGAAUAGGUCGGGUCCAUCAUUGAAUAACUAUCGCACUAAACUUUGCAUUAACUUCAAAAAUGGUCACUGUCCUUAUGGGGAUAAGUGUCGAUUUAUUCACCAGCAAGCAUCGGAUGGUGUAAGCAAAACAAAAUUUUCCACAAAUGCUCCUGCAUUCGUGCCAAGAGCUAAUGCAAUGCCUACUAAACCGAAUAGUCCAUCUGCUUCACUGGAUAUUGUUCCACCGAAUCGUUUGUACAGUUCGACACCCGUAUCGUUGCUGGCAAAGGGCCAGGGCAGUGGUCUGGAUGUAAAGAACAGACCAACUACACCAACAGGGCGACGAGUGUCAUAUCGGCAAGAUUUCAGUGCUGGUUAUCGACGACCAUCUGUGGCUGACGGACCUCAUCCUUUACCUGCAUGUUGA